GCCAACCUUAGCAACAGUGCGCCAUUUCUAGUGGACCCAGAAUGGAGGAAAGAUGUGUAAAAGCGAGUUUCUGCGGGUGAAAUAAGGCGGUUUAGCGAGCUGAUCUCUCCGCCAUGCAGCAGGAGGCUGAGGAUGAAGCGGUCACUGUCUGAUCUGAGCGGUUUGGGACGGAUCCGAGCGGCGGUUCAGAACCAUUCUAGUGAUGGAUGCCAUAUAUGAAGAGACAGAGGUGAAGGUGAUAGAGGAGGUAGAGAGCUGUUACACUCUAGUGGACCUCCCAUCAUCUAAGAAGAAGAAGAGGAGUAAAGGCGGCGGAGAACAUGGAGACAAACCCAAAAAACCCAGGUCUGCCUACCUGCUGUACUACUUUGAUGUGCAUCAGAGUCUGCAGCAUGAGCAUCCAGACAUGCCCCAGUCUGAGAUCAACAAGCGCAUCAGCGACAGCUGGAAGAGACUCAACGUGGCUGAUAAAGGAUAUUACCUGGAGAGGGCCAAGAUGGAGAAAGAGGGAGUUGACCCGAUGACACAGUCAACAACGUCUUCCCCAGACGUCCCGGGCUUCCGUAAAAUCCUCCCAAGGACCAACUACAUUCUUCUCCCUAAAGGUUCAGUGAGUGAGGAGAGGCCAGGGGGUCCUGUGGAACUGUGUAUGGAAGGCAGGGUUGAUGCUGUAGUUGAGGAUGUCCCUCAGACUUCUGCUCAGGAACCCUUGGUGUCCCCGUUGACUCUGGGAAGUGAAGUGGAGCUUGUAGAACAGUGUAUUGCCAUUGAAGCUCUGGCAGAGGACAAAUCUGCGUCUUUAGGAAGAUCUGCUGCGCUCCAGGGAAUUUUGUCCCAGUACUCCUCCACUUCAGCCGUCAGAUCUCUGACUAUGGGUCAGGACGGUCGGCAUGGCAACACUCUGCUGAUGAAGGAGGAGGAAGGCGGGGCAGCAGGCGAGGCUUACGGGGGUGUUGGUGUAGUGGAGGAGGGGCUUGAGGGCGGUGCUGUGAUGCCGCAGGUCAAAGUGGAUACAGCUCACCUGGUCGCCAUUAUACCCAAUCACGAACUGGUCGAAAACAAAGUCUUCCCUGCAGCCAGUCCCAUUAUGAUGCUCCCUAUGAUAAACCGUGCCAAACCAGACUCUAAACCCUCCUUCAAACUGUCUAUAAAGUACACAAGGAGAGGACGAGGCAGCUGCAGCACUCCUGGAUGUUCAUUUACGUACGUCACUCGCCAUAAACCACCCCAGUGUCCUGAAUGUGGACAGCACCUCGGUGGCAAGUGGGUGCCCCCUGCGGCCAAAAGAGGAGAACCAGGUUCUAACCCACAUUCAAAGAAACAACAGGAGGUUCAGGGUGAUAAUUCAAGCUCUGUAGCCUUGUCCACAAAACCUGAACCCCAAGACAUGAUCCCAUUAUGUAACGUAGACACAGGACAGAAGGAAACUAAGGACAACAGCACCAGUAAAACAACAGCCCCAACUAAGACUCAGGACAACAGUUCUGCUGAAAGUGCAGAGCCAGGAGCGAGGCGGCGCAAGAGAGAGAAGAUGGGUGCAGUUCCAGCUUCUCAGCCAGCAGAUGGCCCUCUUAUCAAACUGUCAGUGGGUAGUCAGGAUGCUGAAUCAGCAGGAGUCAUCGGGUUAAGUGGUGGGCGUGUUCGGGUCUUUAGUAAAGACAAGAGCAGCAGCAGCAGUAGUGGUCAGAAACGCCGGAUUAGAGCCAUCCUUCCCGCCCCUUCUACCUCAAAUGUUCCAUCUCAGCCAGCUGUUGUUCAGUGGAUAGCAGUGCAACCAAGUAAAUUAAGAAGUGAGCCAAAAAUCAACAGCAGACCAGUGAAACCCCCCAGUGAGAGGAUUUUGGGCUUAAAACCAAACACCCUGAAGCAGCUGGGUCACUCUGUGGCACCCAGUGCCUUAAACCAGAAACCUACUGCACUUAACAGCAACCAGUGCAUAGUGACUGACAAUGGAGUGAAGAUCCUGUCCAUGGUGCCUUUCAAACAGAACUCUGGCACUUCACUGGCUCUCGGUUUGUCCACGGCGCGUGGUAGAGGCAGAUGUAAAAACCCUUCCUGUGAUUACAUCUAUAAGAACAGACACAAGCCCCAGUUCUGCCCCAGCUGUGGCUGUGAGCUCACCACCAAAACGCCCAAGCCAAAAGCCAAAGAACUGUUGUCUCCAGAGUCGGCUAGUGACACCACAGGGCUGCUGGAACCAUCACAGCCCUUAACCCCAGCCCAGAGAGAGCUCCAGCACCAGUCUACUGUGGCCUUGCUCAAACACACCCUGCAGUACCCUGAGAACGAGGCUGAGCUGCAGGACAUCUUCAGUCUCAUUCAGAGCCUCAACCACGCACAGCUAGAGAGAGAUGGAGAGACAGAGGAGGAGGAUUCUGCGUUCCUGCAGAACGGUUGGCCGAGCUUCUACGAGCCGGCGGCCACCCACUGCACUCUGUGUCACUACCCUCUCUACAGAGGAGAAGCUGGUUGUCCAGUAGCAGGGCAGCAGCAGUGCUGGUUACUGACUGAGUCUCUGCUGCAGCCGGUCUCUCUGCAGCUGAAGGUUUGUCCCAAACUGCAGUGCCUGGCCAUCCACAGCUUCACCGACCUUCACCCAGGUUUGUUUAAUGUGGGGAACCAGCUGCUGGUGAGCGUGGAUCUGUUCUUCAAGAUCCGUGCCCAGAUUAGACUGGGACAAGACCCUGCGCUCGCAGCUCUGGAUGUUCUUAACACUGCACACACUCUACCAGGCUGUGUGUUGGGUUUAGAUGUGCAGACUCAUCUACAGGAGCUGUUGUGUAGUGGCUACUGGGCGUUUGAAUGUCUGACAGUGCGGGACUACAACGACAUGAUCUGUGGCAUAUGUGGCAUUGCCCCAAAACUGGAAAUCACCCAGCGCAACACCAGCAACGUUCUACAGCUCAAAAAUGUGGAGUUCACGUGGCCGGAGUUUCAGACGUCAGAGGAGGUUCAGGUGGAGGAGUUUUGGCUGGCGAUGGAGAGCGAGGCUCUGGAGCAGGCCGCCUUCCCCUCAAGUGUCUCCAUCACGCGCUUUGACGCCUCCAUCAUCGCACCCUUCUACCCCCCACUGAUGAGGAGCGCCUUAGUCAUCAACACUGAGAAGGACAAGAUCACCACCAGUCUACCACAUGCAGGAGAUCCAUCUGUAUUGGUACGAUUGAUCCAUGAUGGUCAGCUGAGGCCAGACGAUAUGGACCAGCACACUGAGGAGGAGCUGCGGAACAUACUGGAGCAGUGUGGAGCACCAUCUGCUCCAGAUAGUAGCAAGGAGGAGUUGAUGGUGUCUCUGUGUUUGCUGUACACGCAAAUUCAAAAUGGCCUAUCAACAGCCCCCCAGCCUCCCCAGCACCUAACGGCAGGAAAACUCAGCAAAGUCUGCCCUCACCAGGUGGUGUGUGGCUCAAAGUAUCUGGUGCGUGGAGAGACCGCCCGGGACCACGUGGAUCUGCUGGUGUCCUCUCGCUUCUGGCCGCCGGUGUACGUGACGGACUGUGCCCAGAAAGUGGCACUGUGUGCGGACGUGCUGUACCCUGAGCUGACCUCUCAGAUGUGGGGCAGAAAUCAGGGCUGCUUCUCUGAUCCCACAGCAUCACCACAGUACGUCUCUUGCGCUGAGCUGCAGGAUCAGCAGUACAGUGUGGAUCUCUCCGCUGUGGACUCUAACCCCCGCCUGCACCCCGUCACUAAAUCCCUGUCCCGCUGGAUCGUGAGACCUGAUGAUCCUGCCGAUUCCAGUCCCUCUGCAGUCUCUUCUUCCCCGUACCCCCACCACGCCAUCACGCUCUGCAAAGAGCUGCAGCCUUACGCCAGUCUCGUCUCAACCAUCACCAGCAGCUCGGGAGAAGACAAGGGGCCGUCUGCCGAGGGCAAAACUCACAAAUCUCUAGUGUUCGAUAACCCGGCGCACUAUUACCUCUACAACCGGCUGGUGGACUUCAUGAGCAGCAGAGACAUCGUGAGCCAGCAGAUCGCGGAGGUGCUGAAAGUGUGCCAGCAGGGCGAGGUGGUGAUGAUCCGGGACGCCCUCUACAGGCUGGGACUGGCACAGCUCAACACUGAGGAGGAGCAGGGGGAGGAGGAGGGCGAGCGGGAGGUGGACGCUGUAGCUGUGGAAGAUGUGGUGUUGGAAUGACCGUAAUUGACCUAUUGUCUAUCUGUUGCUCUGCCCACAAAUGUGUCUUUUCACAGCUGCUGUUAGACAGGCUUUACCGAAUGUUCAGAAAGCAUAGAGCACAAUAGUGCUGCAUCAAAAAAACACCAUGCCAAAAAAAAAAAUCACAGCAGGAAAAUCAGUAUGCGUAUUUAUAAUAUUGAUAAUAAAGUGUUACCUCCAGGUACGGAUUGGGAACGCCCACACCUGUAUUUGUUGUGAGGUUGAACACAGGCCAAUGUGUUCAUGACAAGGCAACAUGAGUUAUCUAUCAUGGUUGAAGCAAGGCCUAAAAGUUGGUGCCCAAUGGAUGGGACAUUCCUUUUGUCAAGUUGUACAAGUGGGUGGUAAUGAUAUGACUGUGACCGGCAGUGUCUGGCUGCAGUUGUCCAUCCGAACAGACAAGCAUGAAAAAUUACAUCCACAUUCAGUGUAGGAGGCCCUUCAUGCAUGUUCUACAGGUCAGUGCAGUGCAGUGUUCUUUAGCUUCUGUGGAACAUGACAAAAGUCAUGGGACAUAGUAUAGACUCUCAGUUGAACAGAAAAAAAAAAAGAAUAGCUCAAAUCUGGUCUCUCUCUGGCUUUCAUAAAGUCAAAGUAUCUCAACAUUUCUCCCACACAUUCUUGACUGCUGUAUACACUCCUCCUACAGUGUCUGGAAUUCUCAUUUCCCAGCACUGUCCCACAGGUUCUCAAUACUGGUUCAUUUUAGUGAUUUGACCUCACCUAAAGUUUCACACUCCUCAGCCCACUCCACCACUUGAUGUGGUAUCUCACAUACCAACUACUGGUAUCUGGUUCUAUUUUAAAACAGAAGGCAUAGUUCCUUUUUAAAUACAGCCAAACAGCGUAUGCCAUCAUAUCAUCAGUAUUUGACAUGCUAUGCAAGUGCAUGUAUACACUAAGGCUGCACGAUAUUGAAAACAAAUUACAUUGCAAAUUACAAAUGCUCUUUUUUUGGCGAUAUAUAUCUCAAUAUUAAACAACGCAGGACCCAUGGCGUCACCAGCCCCCCGAUCAAGCACUGAGUCAGCGCAGAGCACACAAAACCGGAGGAAAACUGCAGUAUCAGGCAUUUAAACGGCUUUUUAAAAGGUAAAUAAGACCGGUUUUCUGGGAUUAAAAUAAUGAAUUCAUCUUUAAUUGGAAAUAUCUGUGUAAAACUGUGCUGGACUGAGGUGCACAGCUUUUAUCACAUGCAUUUACAAGCAUCUGACCAACCAUGUGGAUUAAGGCCGUGCGGUUACCUUGUGUUUAACUCCUGCCCACCCCCCACCUUGCGCUCCCCCUCGCGCAGGCAGCAGCAGCCUGUCACUCACACAGACACAGAGACAGCGCUGUGUAUCUACUUCUUGUGUCAAGAAUCAUAAGAUUGCAACAUGACGUGUUAAGUUAAGAAUUGCCUUAAGUGACAUCAUAUUUCUUGCGAUAUGACUACCGCGCAUGCACACAUCACAGUGAUGAUGCUUAAACGAUAUAUCGUGCAACCCUACUAUUGACACUGACAUGCCAGAAGUCAUGGGAUAGCAGGAUGCAUUGCAUUGUAUUGUAUUGUAUUGUUGAUAAAGUGUUACCUCAGAGGUCAGCUCCUGAACGCCCACACCGUUUAUACAUUGUGAGUAAAGUUGAAUACUAGUCAGCAUGUGCAUAGCAAGGCGACAUCAUUUAUUUGGAGUUCAAGCAAAGACUGACUGAUAAUGGAUGCCAAAUGCAACGGACAUUCCAUUCUAUUGCGCUUUGCAUGGUUAAAACUAAAAUUAUCUAUAAUGAUGAAUCUACUGUACAUAGUACUUUUAAAAAACCUUAAAAUAAAUAAAACAAUGAUUCCAAUUGGCA